CUCCCUGUAUCCUCCUCUCCAUCCUAAAGACUGUUGUUAACCGCCCAAGUGAAGUGUUCACCCCUCUAACCCAAGGGAAGAAGGAGGAGGAGGAGGCUAUGAUUGCGUCUUUUCCUACUCCCCUACGACUGCGCUCCCCCUUCCGGUGCCCCAGGCCUCUGUUUCCCCGAGAAAAUGGGGGGCGCCGGAGGCGGGGAUGGACUUGGAGGAGCUCCAUGUGCUUGGCUGCUGCGCCGUUCGUCAAGGACGGAGCUCUGAGGGUCAAUGGCAGGGAGGCGCUGACCGGCGUGCCCCAGAAUGUCGUCGUCUCGCCGCCGUUGAUGGAUGGAGCAGCGGCGUUCUUGGGCGCGGUGGCCGAUCGAGAGGACUCGCGUCACGUCUUCAAACUCGGUGUUCUUAGGGACUACCGACUACUUUGCUUAUUCAGGUUCAAGAUCUGGUGGAUGAUUCCCCGCGUGGGGACUGCAGGCAGUGAUGUGCCUUUUGAGACCCAAAUGCUGCUUCUUGAAGCAAGACAAUAUGAGGCUGUUGAUGGAGGAGUUCACGAAGCCGCAGCCGAUCCAGCAUUCUAUAUACUCUUCUUGCCUGUCUUAGAUGGUGAUUACAGAAGCAGCUUGCAGGGGAACUCCUCAGAUGAACUUGAGUUCUGCAUUGAAAGUGGUGAUCCAGCGACUACAGGAUCCCGGUUCCUGGAAGCAGUGUUUGUGAGUCACGGGAGCAAUCCAUUUGACCUCAUGAAGGAAUCCAUGAAAAUGCUAGAGAAACACAAGGGGACCUUUUCAGUGCGUGAGCAUAAAAUGAAACCUGGAGUGCUGGAUUAUUUUGGCUGGUGCACUUGGGAUGCUUUCUACUUUGAUGUUAAUCCUCAAGGAAUUGAAGAUGGUUUGAAGAGUUUAUCGAAAGGAGGCACACCGCCAAAAUUCCUACUGAUAGAUGAUGGUUGGCAGGACACCUCAAAUGAAUUCCAGAAAGAAGGUGAACCAGCUGCUGAAGGAUCUCAGUAUGGUGCUAGAUUAGUCAGUGUUAAAGAGAACAACAAAUUCCGAAGAACAGCAGAUGGAGCCUCAAACAAUGGAGCUACUUCUUUGAAGGAUUUUGUUUCAAAUAUAAAGCAAACAUAUGGACUAAGGUAUGUCUAUGUAUGGCACGCACUGAUGGGGUACUGGGGAGGAGUAAGUCCAGAUGCAGCAGAAACAAAGAAGUACAAUUCAAAGCUAGUUUAUCCUGUUCAAUCUCCAGGAAAUCUUUCGCAUUCCAGAGACUUGACUAUGGAUUGCAUGGAGAAGUAUGGGGUUGGCAUGGUCGACCCUGAGAAAGCAUUCGAUUUCUAUGAUGAUCUGCACAGCUAUCUCAUGUCACAAAAUAUAGAUGGAGUUAAAGUGGAUGUACAAAAUAUCCUGGAAACAAUUGGAACAAAUCAUGGUGGCCGGGUAUCCUUGGCUCAUCGCUUUCAUGAGGCACUCGAGAAAUCUAUCGCGAAGAACUUUCAGGAUAAUAGUAUCAUAUGCUGCAUGGCACAGAGCACAGACUCAAUAUACAGUUCGAAAGUGAACUCUAUUACCAGAGCCUCAGAUGAUUACAUGCCAAGAAACAUGUUAUCACAGACACUUCAUGUUGCUGCUGUUGCAUUCAAUAGUAUGUGGCUUGGAGAAGUUAUGGUCCCAGACUGGGAUAUGUUCUAUAGCCUCCAUUAUGCCGCAGAGUUCCAUGCAGCUGCAAGAGCUUUGGGAGGUUGUGGAGUCUACAUCAGUGACAAACCAAAUCAGCAUGAUUUUGAGCUUCUUAAAAAGCUUGUUCUUCCAGAUGGAUCAAUCCUCAGAGCUAAAUAUCCCGGGAGGCCUACUCGAGAUUGUUUAUUUGAUGAUCCAGUGAUGGAUGGGAAAAGCCUGCUGAAGAUAUGGAAUCAUAACAAAUGUACUGGAAUCCUUGGCAUCUUCAAUUGUCAGGGUGCAGGGACAUGGCCAUGCCUUAAAGUUCCAAGUACUCCAAGUUCUGAGGUCACAUACCUCACUGGCCAUGUUAGCCCUGGUGAUGUUGAGUAUCUUGAAGAGGUUGCAGGUGAUAAUUGGACUGGUGAUUGUGCAGUUUACUCCUACCAUGAUGGAUCUCUCUCCAUAUUGCCAAAGAAUGGAUCACUGGAUGUCACACUAAAUGUUCUGCAGUGCAAACUUUUCACCAUAUCUCCAAUCAAGAGCUACGACGAUCCCAUCCAAUUUGCACCGAUCGGACUGAUCAAAAUGUACAACUCUGGUGGUGCCAUCGAAGCCAUGGACUUCGUGAGCGAUCGAUCUUUGUGCCGUUUGAGCAUCAAAGGCAGAGGAUCUGGUCUUUUUGGAGCUUAUUCCAGCGUAAAACCCAAAGUUUGCACAGUUAACUCAACCUCUGAGGAGUUCAUGUUCAAGGAUGACAACCACAUGCUGACACUAACAAUUCCUUCAGGAGUGGAUUACUGGGAAAUAUGUGUUUGUUUUGAUGCAUGACAUUUGUUUAUGCCUCAAAACCAUUCAUUUCUCCUUUUUUUUUUGUAAUCAAUUAUGUAGAGAGGACAGAAAAAUAAAGAUUCAAUCUAAAGAAUUUCAGUAAAUUGCAGUUUGAAGA